ACACUCGAUGGUCUCUGCGGUUGGGCGAAGUUCCUUACUUCCAGUAUUCCUACUCCUAGGUUUUCCUCUUCUAUUCCUCCAUAAGUUUUCCCGGCCGAACUUGACCGUCCAAAAACAACACCUUUUAACCCGGUUCUGUCGGAGCCGCCAUGAGUUCCGGCCCGGAUAAGGAACCAGAAAAUGCGCCGCCGAGCUCACAAGAAGCCGAGAAGAAGCCGCCGAUCGAACCAAUUCGGCUUCCAUCGGUAGAGGAAAUUCGAGGCCAAGACAUAUGGAAUAACUGCGCAGUUCGCAGCGUCGCCAGUGGCAUUAUGGGAGGGGGGCUAGGACUAGGAAUGGGUCUGUUUUUGGGCUCAAUGGACACUCAUAUAUUGGAUGAGGAAAUGAGUAGUAAGCAAAAAAUUGUGUACCAAGCAAAGCAGAUGGGUCGGAGGAGUUGGAGUUCCUGCAAGACUUUUGCUGUUAUGGGUUUCAUUUUCUCCGCUGCCGAAUGUGUUAUCGAGAAGGCUCGGGCGAAACGUGACACUACCAAUACAGCUGUUGCUGGAUGUGUUACUGGAGGCACAUUAUCAGCUAGAGGUUACUUCUCACUAAGUCACUUUGAACAUUCAGAAAUUUAGAGCCUGCUUUGUGGGAUCACUUUGCUGAAAUACUGAAUCUGCUAAGUUUUUCUGAAAGGAGAAAUAUUUGGCAACUUUCAUUUUAGGCUUUUAAGGAAGUCAAAAGAUACUUAUCCUGAAUAUACUGAUUAAGCAAAACCACCCUACCAAACCCAGCCUUAGUAUUGGAGAAUGUACAUUUUAGUAUUUGACCCAUUCUGUACUUAGUUUACCCACUUAAAUGAGGCAUCAUGCUAAUCUACAGUUUUGCUAACUACCAAACAAUGCUCAACUGCAGGAGGUCCAAAAGCUGCAUGUGUUGGCUGUGCUGGCUUUGCUGCAUUCUCAGUUGUGAUUGAGAAGUUUUUAGAGAGACUUAACUAACAAUUUGCAAUGUUAUUAAUACCCAACCGGAAGCUUUUCAUCAUUUUUUCUACCUCCAAAAUUGGUGUUUGAGUAUUUAUUCUCUCUAAUUAUUAGAUUUGAGAGAGAUUUUUGUUGAAGGUGUUCUGUAUCGUGUAUUAAUAAAUGCUUUUUCUUGAUUUCCUAAAGGUGAUCACAUACAAACUUGGUUAGGU